CGGGUGCGCAGAGCGCGGCGGCCACGACCGGCGCCCCUCGGCGGGCGGCGGCGGCGGCGGGGCGGCUCCCCCGGCGGGGCGGCGGCGGGCGGCCGGGCGCCCCCGCCCCGCGCUGGCUGCCCGUCGCGGCAGCUCGGGUCGGGGGGUCGCUGCGGCUCGGCCAGCCCGCGCGGCGGCGGCGGCGGCGGCUCCCCGGCGGGGGGCGCGGGCCAGGAUGCCCGUGCUGGAGCGCUUCUUCUCCGCGGCAGAGCCGGGCAGGCGGAGGAGGACGGGGGACGAGCCGAUGCCCUUUCCCAUGGGCAGCCUGCCCGGGUAUCAGCAGGGGACCCUGGCCUGGGACUUGCCCGAGAUGAUCAAGAUGGUAAAGCUCGUUUGGAAAUCCAAGGGCGAGCUCCGAGGGGCGAAGCACAGAGGGCUCGCGGAGAGCGAGGAUGCCCUGGGCGCUUUAGCAGGAGAUGCACAGGUGAGAGGUCAGACAGGGGUUCUCGCUGAGCGCCGCGGCUCCUACCCAUUUAUCGACUUCCGUCUUCUUAAUAAUACAACGCUCUCAGGGGAAAUUGGCACAAAGAAAAAGGUGAAAAGACUGUUAAGUUUUCAGAGGUAUUUCCAUGCAUCCCGGUUACUGCGUGGAGUUGUACCACAAGCCUCUCUGUACUUACUGGAUGAGGACUACCUUGGGCAAGCAAGGCAUAUGUUAUCCAAAGUGGGACUGUGGGAUUUUGACAUUUUCUUGUUUGACCGCUUGACAAAUGGAAACAGUCUUGUAACAUUGCUUUGUCACCUCUUCAAUGUGCAUGGACUUAUUCACCAUUUCCAGUUAGAUAUGGUUACAUUACACAGGUUUUUAGUUAUGGUUCAAGAGGAUUACCAUAGCCAAAACCCGUAUCACAAUGCUGUCCAUGCUGCUGAUGUCACACAAGCUAUGCACUGCUAUCUAAGGGAGCCCAAGCUUGCCAACUUCCUUACCCCUUUGGACAUCAUGCUUGGACUGCUAGCUGCUGCAGCUCAUGACGUAGAUCAUCCAGGGGUCAACCAACCCUUUCUGAUCAAAACCAAACACCACCUUGCCAGCCUGUACCAGAACGUUUCAGUGCUAGAAAAUCACCACUGGCGAUCUACAAUCGGCAUGCUUCGCGAAUCCCGGCUCCUGGCCCACCUGCCAAAGGAAGUGACACAGGAUAUCGAACAGCAGUUAGGUUCCCUGAUCCUGGCAACAGACAUCAAUAGACAGAAUGAGUUUUUGAUCCGUCUGAAAUCUCACCUUGACAAUCAAGAUUUAAGACUGGAGGAUGCUCAAGACAGACAUUUUAUGCUUCAGAUUGCACUCAAGUGUGCUGACAUCUGCAAUCCUUGCCGGCUCUGGGACCUGAGCAAGCAGUGGAGCGAGAGGGUCUGCGAGGAGUUCUACCGGCAAGGUGACCUGGAACAAAAAUUUGAACUGGAAAUAAGCCCUCUUUGUAAUCAGCAGAAGGACACAAUACCAAACAUACAAAUCGGGUUCAUGACGUACAUCGUAGAGCCACUCUUUGAGAGGUGGGCCCAGUUUACAGGAGACACUCCCCUAUCUGAAAAUAUGCUAAACCAUCUCAGGAGGAACAAGGCCAAGUGGAGGAGUUUGCUCCAUAAGCAACACAGCAGUAAUAGGAGCAGCGACCACUUAGGUCAAGUGACUGGCAACCAAGAGCAGACUUUAAAUGAAGAAGAGACUCCUUAGUGGCAGCUUUGCACUUUUCCUUUAUAGCACUGCUAUCUCUGUCUUGAUCACAGCAGCAAAAGAAAUCCCAAGGGGCUGGGAGCCUGUUGGCAAGAACACGGAAAGAGAAGAAACAACAAAGCAACAGCUGUAAGGGUCCUCAUGAAUAAACCGUGGUUCUGCUGGGUCCCAGUGUGGAUCUCCUUCGUAUUCCUCUCCCCUUUCUCCCUGCCUCUGCCUGAAGCCAUUUGUCACUUCUGAUCAUUAACUGCUCAGCUGCAGUGGCCCAGUCAGUGGUGCUGUGGCUGGGCCAGUUAUUGCUGCCACUAAGCAGGGAGGAGUACUGAGAGCACAGGGGAUAUAAAUGCACUCUUGGUUGUAUGUCCAUUUACCAUGAGUCAUACUGUGACAUAUGUAAAUAGGCCGAGAGCACCAUACACUUUCCAGUCUGGCAGCUGGGCUGCACAUUAAGCCACCAGCAUCUUCAAAAUCCAGAGGACACUGGCUGAGCGAGACAGCACUUGCAGAGGGCAGAGACAACCUGGUUAUUUUAGUAAUUAAAACAAAAACUUUUUUAACUUUUGUAUUCUGUGCACUAAACGAAAGAUCUAAAAACUUCGGACUGAGGUUACUCUCCGUAUACACAACUCCAGUGUAACAAAGCUCAUUUUGGUAAUCAUUUUUAUGCCAUUUUGGAUAAAAGACUGGCAUCUUCUCACUGCAAGGAACAGUAUUCCCUCGCAAACGAAAGGGAAGGUGUUGUACAGUCUAAACCUUUGAAACACGAACAGAUCUAUCUU